CCAGCUGAUCACUACUCGAACCCGCAAGUGGCCGCUGCGCUUACUGGGAACGACAAUUGAUUUCAUUCUGUAGCGAUUUGUGGUUCUGCAGAUCUUUUCAUUACACUUAACGAAAAUGGCAGCCAUUGUUUUACGUAGUUUUGCUACCAAUCUUGGGUACAAUCAGCUGUUGAUGCGGUCAUACGCAUCGACGGCGGCUGUGCCUAAAGUCAAGAAUUUCAUCAAUGGCCAAAUGGUGGACUCCACAACCAACCAGUGGAUUGAUCUGAAGAAUCCCGCUACAAAUGAAGUCAUUUGCAAAGUUCCUAAAAGCACCAACCGCGAAAUGGAGGAUGCUGUUGCGGCAGCGAAGCAAGCCUUCAAAACAUGGUCAAAAACUUCCAUAUUGACCCGGCAGCAAGUGAUGUUUCGCUACCAAGCGUUGAUACGACAAAAUAUGAAAGAACUGGCAAAAUUGAUCACCGAAGAACAAGGCAAAACGCUGGUGGAUGCGGAAGGAGAUGUUCUGCGCGGAUUGCAGGUCGUGGAGCACUGCUGCAGCAUCACUUCUCUGCAGCUGGGAGAGACUUUACCGUCCGUUUCAAAAGACAUGGAUACAAUGACAUUCCGCGUGCCGCUUGGUGUUUGCGCAGGCAUUACUCCCUUCAAUUUCCCAGCAAUGAUCCCGCUCUGGAUGUUCCCAUUGGCGCUCGUAUGCGGCAACACCUACGUGAUCAAGCCAUCGGAAAGAGACCCGGGUGCCUGCAUGAAACUGGUGGAACUGGGCCAGGAAGCCGGUAUUCCCGACGGAUGCGUCAACGUCAUUCACGGCCAGCACGAUGCGGUCAACUUCAUCUGCGACCACCGGGACAUUCAUGCCAUCUCCUUUGUCGGCUCCGAUAAAGUGGGACGGUACAUCUACGAGCGGGGAUCAAAGAACGGCAAACGUGUGCAAGCCAAUCUCGGAGCGAAAAAUCAUGGUGUCGUUAUGCCGGAUGCUAACAAGGAAAACACCCUCACUCAGCUUGUUGGUGCCGCUUUCGGGGCUGCCGGUCAGCGCUGCAUGGCCUUGUCGACGGCAGUUUUCGUUGGAGAAUCCAGAAAAUGGAUCCCUGAUUUGGUGGAGAAAGCGAGGAAACUGCGAGUUAAUGCUGGCCAUGUGCAGGAUGCAGAUUUGGGCCCUGUUAUCUCGCCCGAAGCCAAGGACCGCAUUUUGGAGCUAAUUCAGAGUGGCUUAAAAGAAGGUGCUAAACUAGUACUGGACGGACGCGAUGUCAAAGUUCAAGGCUACGAAAAGGGCAACUUUGUCGGCCCAACCAUUCUGGCCGAUGUGAAGCCCGAUAUGGAAUGCUAUAAGGAAGAAAUCUUUGGCCCAGUGCUGUGUGUACUCACGGCGGAGACGCUUGAUGAUGCCAUUAAGCUCAUCAAUGAGAAUCCAUACGGAAACGGCACAGCCAUUUUCACCACCAAUGGCGCUGCGGCUCGCAAGUUCACCAAUGAAGUGGAUGUUGGACAGAUUGGUGUCAAUGUGCCGAUCCCAGUUCCGUUGCCCAUGUUCAGUUUUACCGGUUCCAGGGCGAGUUUCGCAGGUGACAGCAAUUUCUACGGGAAGUCUGGCAUUCAGUUUUACACGCAGAUGAAAACGAUAACACAAUUAUGGCGUGAGCAGGAUGUCACUGAUACACGCUCAGCCACCGCCAUGCCCAUUAUGCAGUAAACGAUUUUAUCUGUUCUUAUUUGUCACGUCAAAAUUAGAUAAAAAGUAUAACAAUUACGACCAGAAUAAAGGGGAACUGUCGUCGAA